GAGAGCUGAAGGGGACAAUGUGACAUGCCCCCCUCCGGACCCCUGGACACCCUCAGGUCAGAGAUGGGCAGACUGAGGCCUAGCGAGGAACAGGACACUGCCCAAGACACUGUGAGCACUCCAAUGCACGAUUUUCUCCUUCCCACUCUUCCUUAAUGGAGGACCGCCAGCCGGUCCCAUAGGAGACAGCCUUGGAGCAUGGCAAGUGCUGGGCGCCCUGGGAGCUCCAGAUGGACAGGGCUCAGAGCCCAGUGCACAGCAGGGACCGAGCAGGAAGCAUCAGCCACUGGACCAGACCUCCCACUUCCAGGACCUGAAGAGGACUUUGACGCCGACGGCGGCCCGAGCCCCAACUCCGGCAUGACCACGCGGGAGCUGCAGGACUACUGGAGGAACGAGAAGCGCUGCUGGAAGCCGGUCAAGCUGCUCUUCGAGAUCGCUUCGGCCCGCAUCGAGGAGAGGAAAGUCUCCAAGUUCGUGAUGUACCAAAUCGUCGUCAUCCAGACAGGGAGUUUUGACAGCAACAAAGCCAUCCUGCACCGUCGCUAUUCAGACUUUGAGAGGCUCCAGAAAAACCUCCUGAAGACGUUCGGGGAAGAGAUCGAAGACGUCGCCUUCCCCAAGAAGCGCCUGAUGGGGAACUUCACCCAGGAGAUGAUCUCGGAGCGCAAGCUGGCCUUCAAGGAGUACCUGAGCCUGCUAUACGCCAUCCGCUGCGUGCGCCGUUCCCGCGAGUUCAUCGACUUCCUGACGUGGCCCGAGCUGAAGGAGGCCUUCGGCUGCCUGCGGGCCGGGCAGUACACCAAGGCCCUGGACAUCCUGGUGCACGUGAUACCCCUGCAGGAGAAGCUGACAGCCCACUGCCCUGCGAUGAUGGUCCCUGCCCUCUGCGCCAUGCUGGUGUGCCACCGAGAGCUCGAGCAGCCCAUGGAGGCCUUCGCCGCGGGUGAGAGGGCCCUGGAGCAUCUGCGGGCCCUCGAGGGACAUCGCUACUACGUGCCCCUGCUGGACGCCAUGAUCGGCCUGGCCUACAUGCUGGGCAAGGACUGUGUGUCGCUGCAGGAGAGGCUGGAGGAGAGCCAGCUCCGGAAGCCCACACCCCAGGGCAUCACCUUGAAGGAACUGACGGUCCGGGAAUACCUGUGCUAGCCGCUCCGGCAGGUGAGUGGCAGAUGCGCGGUCGCCACUGCUCUGUGAGCAGUUAGGGGUUCACUUGGGGUGCACUUUGGCUCUAACUGGUUG